AUGCCUUUUGGGCUGAAAAACGCCGGAGCAACCUACCAAAGACUGGUGAACAAAAUCUUCAAGGAGCAGAUCGGCAAAACUAUGGAGGUGUACGUGGACGACAUGCUGGUCAAGGCCCCAAAACGUGCAGAUCACCUCAAAAACCUCGCUGAGGCAUUCAGCCUGCUCCGCCAGUAUCGCAUGAAGUUGAACCCAAGUAAAUGCACAUUUGGUGUAUCCUCCGGCCGAUUCUUGGGAUACUUAGUCACACAACGAGGUAUCGAGGCACACCCACGUCAGAUCAAAGCUAUUCUAGAGAUGAAGUCGCCUUCCACAGUGAAGGAAAUACAAAGUCUGACGGGCAGAGCAGCGGCCCUCAACCGGUUCCUCUCAAGAUCAACCGACAAGUGCAAACCAUUCUUCAAAGCUUUGAAGAAAGGACAAAGAGACAAAUGGGAUGAGGAGUGCGAAGUAGCUUUCCAGAGUCUCAAGGCUUAUCUCACUUCACCUCCCCUGCUUUCAAAGCCAGUCCCUGGUGAGGACUUGUUCGUGUACCUGGCAGUGUCCAACUCAGCUGUCAGCUCAGCUCUCAUCAGAGAAGAGCUGGGGGCCCAACAUCCGGUAUUCUACACGUCAAAAGCUCUCCUCGAUGCAGAGACUCGUUACCCAAAAUUGGAGAAACUCAUUUUGGCUCUUGUAGUUUCUGCGAGAAAGCUACGACCCUACUACCAAGCUCAUCGAGUCAUCGUCAUGACCGACUUUCCUUUGAGAUCAAUCCUUCAUAGCCCUGAUGCCUCUCAACGACUCAUGAAGUGGGCUAUAGAGCUAAGCCAAUAUGACCUCAUCUACCGGCCAAAAGCUGCAAUAAAAGCCCAGGCUUUAGCUGACUUCGUAGCGGAGUUCACCCCAUCGGCCGAAGAAGAGAAAAUGGUCAACGAAAAGAAGGAAAGUUCAAAAGCAGACAGGACCCCCGCUGAACCUAGCCAACCUAGAGACACGUGGCAGUUGCGGGUAGACGGAGCGUCAAACCAGAAAGGAGCUGGAGCGGGUGUCGUCAUCAUCACCCCAGACGGAACCUUGUUGGAGCAAGCUAUCACGCUUGGAUUCCCGGCCUCGAACAACGAGGCAGAAUACGAGGCAUUGCUCGCCGGCCUGCGCUUGGCAAAGGAACUCGCAAUCAAGAAGCUAGCCAUUUACUCAGAUUCCCAGCUGAUCACGAAUCAAGCGUCAGGUGAAUACAUGGCGAAGCACCCAAGGAUGAUCUUGUACCUUGACAAAGUCCAGGAGUUGUUGAAGGCGUUUCCUACCUUCACCAUCCAACAAGUACCCCGGGCAGAGAACGCACAUGCAGAUGCGCUAGCCAGUCUAGGGUCAGCGUUGGAUACCCAGUUCAGACGCUCCAUCCCAGUCGAACACCUUGACCGGCCAAGCAUUGAAGAGGUAGAGCCAAUCAACACCAUGCGAAUUGACGAAGACCCCAGCUGGCAAGACCCCAUCAUGACUACUUAG